AUGGCAUCAGGAUCAAAUGGUCGGUCGAUGGAGUCCCGGACUGGGCGUGCCAAGCAGCGCUACAACUCGAACGGCGAACGGCUUGUCGCGGGUGUGGUCCCUCUGUCGGCGGACAAAUACUAUGUUCUGCUCAUACAAUCCACGCGCAGGAAAGGCUGGGUGCUGCCCAAGGGCGGUUGGGAAUCAGAUGAAGACUGUAUGCAGGCGGCGACUCGCGAGGCCUGGGAAGAGGCAGGAAUCACAAUCACCAUCGAUUACGACCUUGGCGACAUCCUCGACAACCGGCCCCCGAAGAAGCUCUCGAAAGAAUCACCAAAGUCGCUGUACCGCUUCUACCAGGUGACAGUGCUCACAGAAGAGGAGGACUGGCCCGAGAAGCACAAGAGGCAGCGGCAAUGGUUCACAUUCACAGAGGCCCAAGAGGCUCUGGCGCAUCGGCCGGAGCUGCUGGAAGCCUUGAAUCGUUCGGGCAUGAAUCAUGCUUGA